UCGAUUGGUGUUGGUGUUGGUGGAUCCAUCGAGAUGGGGAAUUGCCAGGCGGUAGAUACGGCGACCUUGGUUAUACAGCAUCCAAGUGGGAAAGUGGAGAGGUUUUAUUGGCCGUUGAGCGCCAGCGAAGUCAUGAGAACCAACCCAGGUCACUAUGUUGCUCUCGUCCUCACCCUCUGCCUCCCUCCCGACUCCACCACCUCCCACCCUAACCACAACAACACCACCAACAAGGACCACAAGGACAAGAAGGAGCAGCUUCAACAUCAUCAUCAUCAUCAGCAGCAGCAGCAGCCCCAAACCACCUCCACCACCAACAACGAAGUUCGCAUAACCCGCGUUAAAGUACUCCGCCCUACCGACACUCUCGUUCUCGGCCAAGCUUACCGCCUCGUCACUUCCGAAGAGGUUAUGAAAGGUUUGUGGGCCAGGAAGUAUGCAAAGAAGAAGAAGGACAACGCCACCACCACCACCACCACCGAAUCAACUGAUAAGCCGCCCAGGCUGAAACCAGAACAACAGCAGAUUUCCUCGGCAUCUGAGACUCAAUCAAUAAACUCCCACUUGGACAAUCCCAAUCAGGUUCAGGUGGCAAAACAAGAGAGACACCGACCAAGGACCCCCUCAGCACCUUCAGCUUCAACAAGAUCAAGACCAUGGCGCCCCUCAUUACAGAGCAUCUCCGAGAUGCCACAAGGUGAACGCAGAUGAUGGCACUUCAAAAUAUAUUCUCCCUCCAUCUCAAACGACUACGGCCAGCAACCAGAGCAAUGGACUGCCCUCAACCCAAACCUUGGAAAUAAGUACAGUACAUCUGUGUAGGUGGGUAAUGGGUAAGCAAGCCAAGUGAUCCGAAACUCCCACAUCUAAACUGACACAAUGAGUAUUACACAAACCCUUUGUAUAAAGAUGAGGAGCCUUGCCUUGCCAUCCAAAGUUGUAAUCACUACUUUUCCAGAAUGAAUUCUAGAUUUGCCUU